CGUGCCUUCACCGCUUCGGCAUCCAGCUGCCCCCUGCUCCAACCUGGCAUGGCCACCCCAACCCAGGCCCCCACAACGGUUCCUCAGGAACCUGACCCAUUUUUCUAUGACUAUGCCACUGUGCAGACCGUGGGCAUGACUCUGGCUACCAUAUUGUUUCUGCUGGGCAUCCUCAUCAUCAUCAGCAAGAAGGUGAAGUGCAGGAAGGCGGACUCCAGGUCGGAGAGCCCAACGUGCAAGUCCUGUAAGUCGGAGCUGCCCUCCUCAGCCCCAGGAGGUGGUGGCGUGUAGAACCAGCCUCCAGCACCUCCACUGCUGUCCCUGACUGAG